AUGAGAGAAAUGAAUGGAUUGUUGAAAAGAGUGAAUGAAGGGAAUAGUAAUUUAACUGAAGAUGAUAUUACAGAUUUACUUGAAAAUACAACUGAUAUACUUAGAACAGUUGUUUUACAUAAAUUGAACGAGUUAUCUGGCUUACAGCAAUUAGAAACUAGGAUAGGAGCAUUAGAUGAUAACAAAUAUGGAGAUAUUAUAGCAAUUUUACUGUCAGUCAAUCCAGAGUUUGCUACUUCUUUAAUAAAUAGAGAUAUACUCUCUUUUGAUCCAACAAACAGUCUAAACAUCCUAAACUCAGCCUCUUCCUCUAAACUAGGCAACAAUUUGAUUGACGAUAGAUCUAUAUUCUACUUAAACUCUCAAUUUAAUAGUAAUGACGCCCAGAUCAGCUUUCUAUCUACUCUCACACUCAUCAAGCACAACAAACACCUUAAUAAUAAGCAAAGCAUGCAUUCACACUAUGACAGAAUAUCUCGCUUAGCUUCCACUUUCGAUAGACUCCCAGACAACGUCAUCAGCAUCUUCUUAGAGGCUUUGUCUUACUUAUCGUCAACGCCUUUGAUAGCAGAUACUCUCUCAAGGGACGUCAGACUUAUCAACUUAAUGCUUUCAACUCUGCAUUUACCUCCUACGAAACAAUCAACUCAGCUUUACUCCCAAGAGCAAGCUCCUAGAGACACCUCCAUCGAGUUCACUCUUUCGACAGUUCUAGCAAACAUUUGCCAUUACCCACAACCACUAACUGAAGAACAGAAGACGCUCAAGAAGCUUCAAAAAUCAACAAAGCAGGUAGAUCCUGAAGAUGAAGAAUACAUGUCUAUCGAGAAAGUACGCGGCCGCAACUCCAGAAUGCUUCAAGCAGGUGUCGCCUCGACAUUGUCAGCCCUCUCGAGAUCGAAAUCUCUCCUUAGCAGACGCAACACCUCGACAGUUUACCUUGCACUCAUAACAAACGAUGCAAACAGACCAAACCUCCUCAAAGAUGGAGUAGUGAAGGCACUUUUGAAUAUUAUAUCCCAACAGCCAUCUCCAUUGACAGGUGAUGACUUACAUGCCAAUCAAGCACUUGCAAAAAUGACGAUUACGACACCGCCUAGUACGCUAUAUGCACCACCUAUAACAACAGCAGCGAUUGGAUUUAUAAGACCACUCUAUGAAAUGUUGAUUCAUCCUGAUGCCCUGCAGCUUCAACAAUUUGAAGCCCUGAUGGCACUAACCAAUGUGUCGUCUGUCGGGCCGGACCUUGCUGAGCGCGUUGCUACCGCAUUCGACGGUGGCGUGCUAUCCACUGCUGAAGAAUGUCUUCUGAGCUCCCAUGAGCUCCUCCAGAGAGCAUCAACAGAGUUAAUCUGCAAUCUCGUCGGUAUGUCCGAGAGCGCUUUCUCAAAGUACACCACGUCGGCGCGCUCGAAAGUUAAUUGUGGGAUCUUGUUGGCUUUAUCGGAUGCAGAACUUGUUGAAACACGCUUAGGUGCAAGUGGAGCUCUUGCUCAACUUUGUGGAAUGUCUCCUAUUGUUUGCGCACAUAUCUUGAGCGAUCCUGCGAAAUUCCUCAGAGUUAUUAUGGCACUACUCGAAGAUAGUCAUCUUGGCUUGGUGCACAGAGCUUUGGUCAUAUUGGAUGCCACUCUGGAGGCAUGUAAGGAUAUCCUUGUUAGUGACGAUCAGGCUAAAACUGCAAUACAAUCAUCCGGUUUGGUCGAUACACUCAAGAAUCUCAUACUGAGACUGGCAAAUGAACCAAGUGGCAGAGAUGUUUUGCCGAUUCUUAAAGAUACCCUUAUCAAAUUGAAGAACUGUGGUAUUAGCAUACAAGUGUCCAGUUGAGGAAUGGCUUUUCAUGUAGUUCCCUUCAUCUUAUUACACCUUUGUAUUGUGUAAAACCAUAUGAUUAUGAGAAUUUCAACCAUUUUAAGACUUUGCCGUCAUUUUUUGAAUGAUUUCCUUUCAUUUUAGCUUUUCUAAUAUUACUUACAUACUCUUCAAACUUUCUUUGUUUUUCGUGGUGACGUCUAACAGCUCUGUUGUAGACCUUUUUAUUAUAAUCUCUGAUUCUG